UAAAUGCGUUGCUGGCUUGGGUUACAUGAAAAAGCACAUGGCACUGUUGCAAAGUUUCAUGUCCUCACAACAGCUGGGACACAACAAAAACAUUUGAGAAGAGGACACAAGCGGACGGGCAAAACGCAACGAGAUGGUGAUGCUCGAUGUGUUGAUAAUUGGAGGCGGGCCUCACGCCUUGACCCUGGCCAGCACGCUCUCAACGUUCCUACGCCAGGCCAAACUCGGCACAGGAGUCGCACCGUCCCGCGUCCUGCACACCGGAACGCCAAGACUUGAGCUCAACCCCGAAAUCCAUACCAUGCAACGCAAAGAGGAAGAGCCGACGCAAGAGAAACACCUCGCCAAGUCCGCAGUAGCAGAAGGCCUUCAUCGGCCGCCGGUCGUCAGUCUCCAAGUGGUUGACACGUAUGGAGAGUGGACUUGCUUGUGGAAGAGUCAAUUCGCAGCCCUGAACAUCCGCCACCUGCGCUCGCACACGCUCGUGCACACGGACCCGGGCGACAAGAAAGCGCUGCAGGAUUUUGCGUUCGAGCGCAAUCGCUCGGCCGAGCUUCGCGGCCUCCCGGACCAGGCGCGCAUUCUGGAUGACAACGCUUUCUUCGACGACGCGCGGCUGGGCAAGAAAGAGAGACAACGUCUGAACGUCUCAUCCAACCUCAAGAAGAGUUUGUCCUUCAGCCUGCCAUCGACUAAACUCAGUUUGGAUUUCUUCAAAGAUCAGGUGGAGAGAUACAACUUGGACAAGGUGCUUGUGAAAGGAACUGUUAGUCGCAUCACGGCGGUGCAAAUGGGCCAAGAGGAUAGUAAAAGAGUGAAACAUUUCCAAGUCCAACUCGAAGAUGGCGUCGUGCUGGAGGCACGGCAGGUUGUUGUGGCAACAGGGCCCACCCGGGCCCAAAUGGCAAACAUCCCACAGUGGGUAACUAAUAUCGAAGAGAGCUUUCCAGAAGGGCGCCUGCAACACACUGUGCACCUCAUGCACUCUUUAUCCUCAAAAGUUGUGCAUACCUGUGUGUCUCCAGGCUCAUGUGUGGUGUGUGAGGCAGGCCACAGAGUAAUGGUAGUUGGCGGAGGUCUGACCAGCGCUCAUGUCGUCUCCAUCGCACUGCAGCAAGGUGCCAGUCACGUGACGUGGGUCAUGAGAAAGCACCUCCAGUUGAAACAGUUUGAUGUGGGCGAUGUGGAGAGCCUGGUGGGUCGUUAUUCGCACGUGGAGCAUGGCAUCAAGAUGGAUGGCCAAGCCUUCCUGAGACAGUUCUUCAACGAAAGGAGUCUUCACAAGCGACUGGCAAUGAUUCGCCAGGCGAGGAAAGGAGGCGCCAUCACCCCGGAGGCCUACAUCCAAUUACAGCCAUUUAUUUUGAAAGGACAGGUGGAUGUGAAGACAUACUGUCAGGUGACCGAGGCCAGCUGGUGCUACAGGAAUCAGGCCUGGAGGCUAUCCCUCAGCAAUGGAGAACGCUGGACAGGAGAUACGAUUUGGUUGGCCACUGGAUGUAAACUUGAUGUCAAACAGGACCCUUUGCUUUCUGAAGUGAUGAAGGAAUUCCCGAUUCAAGUGCUGGAUGGCUGGCCAUGCAUAUCAGAGAGUUUACACUGGGCAGAAGGGUGUCCUCUUUACUUGAUGGGGCAGUACACCGCUCUUCAGAUUGGACCUCAUGCCGUAAACCUGGCAGGUGGACAAGCAGCGAGUGUGAGAAUUGCCAAGCGCAUCCUGCGCCAUCGCAACGGCAUGGAGGCGACUGAGCUGAGUGCAAGGAGAUCUAAAACGGAAGAAUAUAUUCAGCAAAUGCAAGGACUUUUAUGGCUCUAACGACAACAUUUUCCAUCUCAUUGU